GAGCCUCGCCGAGCGGCGCCCGACCCGGCGGCCCGACCCGGCGGACCCAUGCUGCUGACGCUGGCCUGGGGCUCGCUCUUCUUCCCGGGGCUCUUCGCGCUCAGCACCUGGGCGCUGCGUCGCUGGCGGCCGGCAUGGAGCUACAACGACUGCGUGAUGGUCGGCACCAGGAUAGUUUCUUCAGUGCAGGCUGUGCUGGCCACCGGGGCAGGGAUCAUCAUCAUCCGUUCCUGCAGCAACGUGGUCUCAGACAGGCACUGGCUUGCCCGAGAAUAUGUCUGGUUUUUGAUUCCGUACAUGGUCUAUGACUGCUACGCCAUGUACCUCUGUGAUUGGUGCCGAAUCAAAGAGCAGAAUCCUGGACACUCCUUUGUUUUUCGCAACUUCCUGAGUCAAAACCGCCUCAUGAUCACGCACCAUAUGGUUAUUCUCUUUGUCCUUGUGCCAGUUGCACAGAAGUUCCGGGGAGACAUUGGAGACUUCUUUGUUGGCUGCAUCUUCACAGCAGAAUUGAGCACCCCAUUUGUGUCACUGGGUAGAGUUCUGAUUCAGCGAAAGCAGCAGCACACUCUUCUGUAUAAGGUGAACGGAAUCAUCACGCUGACCAGCUUCUUUUUCUGUCGGAUCCUUCUUUUCCCCUUCAUGUACUGGUCUUAUGGCCAACAUCAGGGACUAAGCCUGCUCCAAGUGCCAUACAGUAUCCCUUUCUUCUGCAAUGUGGCCAAUGCCCUCCUCAUCGCUCCCCAGAUUUACUGGUUCUCUCUGCUGUGCAAGAAGGCACUCCGGCUUUUUAACACUCCCCAAGACAAAAAGGAUGGCUAAUGACCCCCAGAAGUUGGGCAGUGAGGGUGUCUCCUCACACUAGCUGCCUCUUCCACACAGUAUUCCAUGGACCAAACUGUGCCCUAGGUGGCCUCAGCCUUUCAGGUAUUGAUAAGCGGUUGGCUCUGAGUUUUUCUUUUAAAAUACUAUUACCUCCCUCUUCUAACCUGCCCUUUUGCAAAAGCACUUUUUAUGGUUAACAGCUAUUGGGUGCUGUCAGCUCUCUGCUAGCAACAAAGUUGUUUUAAUAUAAGCCCAAAGAUCAGUUCCUGGGUCUUGUAUCUCAAGAGCUCUGGGAGGUUGAAGCAUGGGACAUGAGGUUGGUGGACCAGUGCUGAGGGGCUGGGCGCUCCCCGGUAUUGGUGGUUACCCACCUUUGCAACUACUCAGGGCAGUACCCACUAUACUGGGCCAGCAGAAGCAAAUGAUGACUUGGUUCUUACAAUGUUUUGCACUGUUGGCCUGGGAAGAUCAUUGUGGGUAUGUAGCUUUUUAUUGUUUACCAGAUAGUCCAUUAGCAGUUCUUUGCCUCAUCCUGUCGUCCACGUGUCAACAUUGAAUUCCUUUGUCUACCUGUCUGACAUUCCAUGUCUCAAGUCUCAGGUAGGAGAAAGGGUUGGCAAUGUGAACAACUUAAGUAGGGAGGUGAGUAAAAGUCAGCACAAUAGUAAAAGGCCAGAUUCAAACUUGUGAGCUUGCUGCAAGCACACACAAGAAUUAUUCCCAGUUUGGUAUGACUCCGUACGUCUGGCUUUCUCCAUGUCCACAUGCAUAGGAGAUAUAGGGGCAAGCCAGGCAUGGUGCCACAUGCCUGUCAUCUUAACACUCUGGAAGGCUGAGGCAGGAGGAUCACAUGUUUGAGCUACCCUGGUCAACCUGGUGAGAUCUUGAGGAAAAAGAAAGGCUGAGAAUUAGGUCAGGGCAGGCUCCUGGGCUUAAUCCCCAGUACAAGAAGAAAACAAAGCCACCUGUGGUAUGCAUACCUGUAAUCCCAGCAGAUGGGAGACUGAGACAGGAGAAUCCCAAUGAGUUUGAAGCCAACCUGAACUACAUGCUGAGACCCUGUCUCAAAACCAAAGCAAAUCAAAACUCAAAAUGGGAAAAGAGAAAUGAUUUUGGUAGCUAUUUACUUUGUAACUACCCUGACAAAGUCCAAGUAGAAAUGGAAAUUCUGUACUACAAAUACAAGACCUCUCAUCUAGACCAAAGUCCUUUUUCUAGAGCCUCCUCAUGAGCCGAUGCCCAAUCCUAUGUGGAGUACAUUCCCAUUUUACCACAGAAGGCUGGAGAGCGAGAGGGCAGCCAUCAUGUCCUGUGGACCAGCACCUUCACUCCCAUUUGCAAACAGGAUCCUGUGGACGAGCGCUUUCACCACCUGCAAACGGGAUCCUCUGGUGCCAACACUAAUCAUUCCUUAUAACUGGGAUGGGUCUGAGACUACUACCAGGACUUUUUCAAGUGGUAGUAGGACUAAAUUUUUUUUAAAGUGCCUUUAAUUCAUUGUUCAUGAACUUUUAAAGGACUGAAUACGUAACAGUGUCUCAAAUUGUGACUGUUUCAGCCUUUAAUAGGUGCCAUUUAAAAAACAGAACACUACGGUUUUGUGUUUUACUGUUUUGUUUACUAUCACUAUUACCAGUCAUCCAUGUGGUGAUUAAACUGCACUAAUUUCCCAA